UCUCGCCGUGCAGUAGUCGACAGCAUCCCGCGGGUGGUCGCGAUCGAAGCACGCGCGAGGGGCGGGAGGGCCGACGAACAGAGAGAGCGAGGAGGUGUCCGCUCCCUCUUUCUCUUCCUCUCCCUCCCUUUCUUUUUUCUCGCACUGUCAUUCUCUCUCCGACUCUCCGUCCGUUUCUCGCUCCUUCUCGGCGUGCCAUCCUACGCUUCUGUCCCUCCCGCCAAAAGAGAGACGCGUGCGAAAACGCGCUCUGCCCGCGCGAGAAGAUUCCGUCCGCGGUUCUUCUGAGAGACUACUUCGGGACGAGAGAAAGGGAGAGAGAGAGAGAGAGGGAGAAAGGGAGAGAAGAGAAUUCCCGAUCUCGCGCGCGAACGUCUUUUAUACAUGUAUAAAUAGGGCGGUGCACCCCGCGAGGGAGAGAGAGGGAGAGAGGGACAAGGGAAGAGUAGCUCCUGGAAAACGCGCGUGAUAUCCGGAGCGGUCGAUCCGCUGGCGGUUCCGCGACAGUGUUUACGGUAUCCCGCGGUAGUGCGAGCGCUGAGGCGAAGAGGUAUCCCGUAUCCCAUCGACGAAGGAGUCCCGAGGGAGUCAGCUCCUCGUCCUUCCUCAUCCUCACGUCAGCGAGGGGCGGCUGAGCGGCUGUCGAUCUGCAGUGGCGGGAUCCAGCAGCGGGUCAGCAUCCCUCAAUGUCGUCGCGUCAGGAUACUGUCAAAUGCGUCGUCGCGAUACUGAUUUUAGAAAUUUGAUCAUUCAUCGCGCCCGGCUGUCCAUCACGGAUAGCAAGAAACCUGUCGCUGUUCCCGCGCGUCAAAUUCGAGACAAAGCGGAACGGAGCGAAUCAUUGGCGCCGGAGGUAAAACGCGCGAGAUCGCCUCGCACGUGUCUCAUCCUCGUCGUGGGUGUAUUUCGGUUCACGGAGAAAAUUCCUCUUCGGCGUGGAAGCGUUUCUCGCGCAGCUGUCGUCUCGGCUACGGCGUUCUUGGCGCGGUACAGUUAUUACGGGCGAUGGCGAGCGAGGUGGGAUCACCCUUGGCGAUUGCCAAGGGUGAUCGCUGAACAGACAGUGGAUUUAUUUACGGUGCAUCCUGCGUGUGUGUGCGCUAUCCGCGAAACGAACGACGUGAACGAAAGCCUGCCGUUUGUAAUUGAAACAGGUUUCUCUCAUCGAGGAGAUAUGUGAGCGCGAGCAAGAGUGGGACCGAGUGCCAAAGUGCGCGAGUUAAACGCGACAUUUAAACGUGCGUGCCCGGCUGACGUCGGUCCCUCGGAAGUGCCAGAAGUGUGCCGUGCGGAUACUUUUUUUCCCCUUUGCCGGACACGCAUCGCACACGCACGCGCGCGGACAAUUCAAUUAGAAGCGCGAGCGUGCGUGCGCGCGCGCGCGGGCGAGAUAAUUACGCCGUAUUCCUCUCCACGAGAUGAAUGAACGUGACCCGCGCGUUUUUUUCUCCCUCCCGAAUCGCGACGCAGAUAGCGAGGAGGAGGAGGAAGAGGAGAAGGAGGAAGAGAGAGAAGAAAAAGGACUGAACGACUGUGUGCGUGUGUUAAGCGAGCGGAUACCGCGUUAACGUGCUCGUCGCUCCGACAGGGCCACUCCAACAGUUGUGAUAUAAAACACCAAAGAGCGAAUUCGACUCCUCGCGCGAGGUAGAUCGAAGCGGCAACUGCCAAUGACUGCGAUUAAUCCAUCGAGGGAUCCCUCGACAACCGGAACAGUCUGUCGGUUUGCGACAGUGCUUUGUGCACAUGCCAAGUGACGUUAAUCGAGCAAGCUCGAGAAACGAUACUCGAGCAAAAAGAGAAUACCGCGCGGUGCGUCGGAGUAAUCCUCGCGCGUUCUCCAGCAGUCGUCAUACGAAAGGCGACGACCAAGAAUUGUUAACAGAUGAUGGUGAUGCUCGCGGGCUUGGAGAGUUUCGAGUUUUACGCGUGGCUUUAUAAGUUUAUACGAUGAACAUCCGGUGCACACACGGUGUAUCUGUCUGUGGUCUCCUUGUGAUCAGCAAGGAAAGUCGUGAAAACUAGGGAUCCGGUGGAAGUGCGAUUUCACGAGCGGAAGAGCAAAGUCGAGCACGGACACGAAAGGAAAGAGAAAAGGAGAGAGAGAGGAGAACGAAAAUCGAGAAAGGGAGAAAGAGACAGAAAGAUGUCGAGGACCUCGACGUGACGCAACGGUUUUCCCUCCCCGCCGUGAGAUGCGGUGAGAUAUGACGUGGGAGGAUCAUCACCGGGCGGGCAAUAAGGUCGAGAGCAUUUGAACUCUCGGCGGUGUCGAGGUGGACGGAUUUCGUCGUCGUUCCCUGGGACCGGGACGCAUCUGGGACCGAUCAUGGAGAGGAAGAGCGGCGGAGAGACGCGACCAAAGAUCGAGAUCGUGCGCGUCUCGUCCAUCGAGCGGAGCAACUUCCGGCCGCUGGACGGGGUGCAGCUGCGUGCCACGUACAGCCACGUGCGAGUGGGCACUUACUGCCCGGAACCGGAAGCGCCCGCCGUCAAAGUGCAGGCAGAGAACAAGCCGCCGAUCGAGCAGACGCGACGCUUCAAGAAAAACUUGGGACCAGUAUCAAGACUGCUGAGACGUCGUCACGCGACAUGCCUUGCCACCAAAUCCUGUGAUAACAUUUAUAGCGUGAAUAGAAAUAGUAAUUCCCUGGACUGGAGGGUCGGUCAAAGCACUAACGAGCAAGAGUUGCAACCCCGGCAGAGCAGCAGCCUGGACUGGAGAGUGGGCAGGUCCGUCACUUUCGGCUCCAAUCAGCUCCACUGGAGGGACGCGACGCAAAGCGCCGAGCAGCUCUCCAGGAGUGCGCCUCUCACUUCCGAUCACCUGCAAACACCGAGCACGAGAUCGAAGCUCGUGUCACUAUUGAGACGACUUUCCCCGCGGCUGUCCCGAUCCGGUAGCAAGGGCUCGUUGCAGUCGUCGCCGACAAUUUGUCCCUGGGUCCAGGUCGAGUACUCGACGGAAUCGAUCGACGCUGGCAAGCGAGAGGAGUCGCAGGAGUGCGACGCCAGCUUCCAGCAGGAGCUGCAGUUGAACGAGCUGCGGAAACGAAUGGCCGGGAUUGCCUCCACGUCCCAGGUUACGACGAGGAUCGUCGCCAAGGAUGCCACGGCAGGGCAACGGAACUCAUCACGACCGAGGAUUCAAGUGCAGGAACCCGAUCCCGAGCGCAACCACCAGAGCGUCGGCAGAGCUGUGCACGAGGAUCGCGUGGACGAGGACCGGCGCGGGGGCGGCGAGGUGGCGGGUCUGGACGACGUCGACGAGCCCUGCGUCGCGACGGUGACGUCGUCGGUACCCGGAGUCGGCGGCAUCCGCUCGCACCGACGCACCAGGCCGCUCUCCCUGGCCGUGCAGCCCCUCAACUACCAUCGCCUGGACCCAGAGCACAGGCCAGUGAUUGGCGCUAGGCAUCACCCCAACAUGACCAGCCAGGAGAGCAUCGGCAGCUGCAGCCUGGACGUCGAUCGCUCCGCGUCCGACCGAUCAGAGAAUACUGUGGACUCUGUGUCCGAAAAGACGCUGCACAGUCUGAAUCUAUCGUGUAACGGCGAACCAGUGUCGUCACCGCAGAACUUGGCGAACGGUAGCAGCGAGACGCUACAGAAAUCGCACCUCACCCCCGAUGAGAGGAAGCUGAACGUCAGCAAUGCUCAUCGCAGUAGCCCGGAGCCAGAGCAGCUGACGACGAAGAAACCUAGUUACCUGGGUCUUGCGUGCAGUAUAAGUGGCUACUCGGGGAUCACCAGGUACGACAGCAAACUGAGGGAAGGAUUUCGCUCCAGAGACAGCAGUCCCGGCGCGAGACUGAUCACGAGGGAUACUAGUCCCGCAGGUUUCAGGUCCAACGAAAAUCUCAACGUUCCGACACCCCACCAUCCGCCUAAGAGCCAGUCGAUAUCGCCGUUAGCGAUGGACAGGCAAAACGGUUUUACGAACGGCGUGAAGGAGGAGUGCAAGGUCGAGACAUACAUGGAGAGCAGAAGCUCGAUCAGCAUGAUCAGCCAGGGCUACUCGGAGGUCGACAAGGCGUCGUUACAUACGACGUUUCCCGAUAUCAGUCCCAUCCGGAUGAGCACCCCCGUCAAACGGAGUCCCGGCUUGUCGCCGAUGAUGUCCUGCGGUCAACAAAACAAGUCCUUCGGCACGGGCUUCUCCUCUCCGAAACAGGGCGUUGCCAAUCUUUCGAGUACGUCGUUUAGCGACACUAGCAUUCUAAAUGGCUCGACAGUGGAAGUUGAGAGCCAAGUUUUGAACACUACGUCCAGCAGCGAGAAGUCCUUUAUUCAGCAGCGAGUGGAGCGGCUUUACGGGCCGGGUGCACUAGCUCAGGGUUUCUUCUUCAAGCGUGGUGUCACCAGGUCGAACGUCAGUGACAGCAGUUUCAACAAGUCGAGCAACGACGCUUCGACGGACAACGCGAACACGGAGGAGUCGUUGAAGAAUUUGCCAGUUCUGCGACAUCUGCGUCCGGAAUUCCGAGCACAGCUCCCCGUAGUCAGUAGUAGAAAGCCCACGGACGGCACGGAGCAAGUCAUAAAACCUCUUCAGAGGGUAGUACCGGUAACGCGAAAGGCCGAGCAGAAGAGCCCCGUACCUACGAGUUCGCAGACUAGCGUGACGAGAAUAAUUCCGAUUACCAUGGAGGGUGACACGCCGAAGCGUGAUGGCAACAGUAAGAGCAUACCGGAUCAGCAACCAGCCGCGCCGAAAGUAGUGCUACCAGUGUUAGAACCCAGCGCGAGCUCGACGAACAUAGCAAAGCAGGCACAAGAAGCGGAAAAAGUAGUCGAGGAGAAGGAUGGUCAUUACUUUAUGAAGCUGUUGAAGCAGGAGACGGAUAGAUUGCUCUCGUUGGCCGCAUCCGCGGAGGCUGAAUUAGCCAGCGGCGAUGUUGCACUGCCAGAGGAAGCGGCUGGCAAGCUGCGAUCUGCUGCGGGUAAAGCCAGGCUAUUAGCCUCGCAGAAAAUGCAGCAGUUCGAGGGAUUAUGUCAGAAGAAUAUCAAUCAAGUGCCGGGCGAGGAAUUUCCAACGACGAACGAGGACCUGGCUGGCUUCUGGGACAUGGUGAUGCUGCAAGUGGUUCAGGUCAACGAGCUCUUCGACCAGAUAGAGAAACUAAGGAAGUCGCAGUGGCAAGAGAUCGUGCCGGACAAGAAGACCGCUUCGACCUCGCAGCAGAACGGUAAACGCCGCGUCAUACCGGUCCACAAAGCGAAACCGACCGCGAAUAGCGAGGCGAACAAGAAGGCGCGCGAGGCGAGGGAGCAGGCGCGACGGCAGAUGCUCGAAGAACGGAGACGCGCGAUGCGGUCGAACGCGCAGAGUGCCGACAAUCCCGUUGAAAUCUUCGCUCCCGAAACGUAACGACAGAUCGUCGCUCAAGUUCGACCGUCGAGUCCGAGUGAUACAAUCGAUUAGCAUUACGGCUCCUAAGAAACAUCAGCGUCUACAGACUGUGACAUCGACGAAGUGCGGGAAAAGAAAAGAAAGAGAGAAAGGGCGCUCGUUCGCACGAGGUGGCCACGUUAUUGCAAUCAGCUUCAGCGAAGAAUCAAAUCCGCUUGUUAUUUUAUUGUAAUUAAUUAUUCGACGUCAUCGCGAAUUAUUAUUAUUAUGUAUUUAAAACAGAUAGAUCGUCUUGUAAUAUCGUGUUGAAAUUGGUGAGAAUUUAAUAUUAACAUUACUAAAGGUACGAGAGGAGACAGGGACGCAUACACACACACGGAUACGAGUUGACGGGGUUACGGAAGUUUACGUUCCUCCUUACGUGGUCUCUCAUUCUUCGUCGAGCUUCGAGCGCGUUACGCGUCACCGCGAGCACUCUAGCGUAAUGUAUGACGACGGAUGCGUCGCCUCUUCGUCCACAGAGAUGCUUCAUGAGCGAGACGCAAAGUAUUUUGCGUAUCAAUAGCACUUCGUCGAAUUGUUCUCGUUUCUACUCAUUCUCCGCGUAUCGGACAGACGUUAUUAACUUAUAUUUAUAUACGAGUGGUAGCGAGUCACGCGGGGGUGGAUCUCGAGGCCGGCGGUCGAGGAAGAAAACGCGGUUCCGCGAGGGACACCCUCCGCUUGUCGGAAUCGGUCGCUUUUCGAAAGACGCGAGAGACUUGUCCGGAUUGAGGAUGCAGGGCGAACAAGCUGCGAUCGAGGGUUUUCCUCAUCCGUUAAUUCGCGAUAUUAACUCCCUCCUUAAUCCGGACCAGCGAUUUGUAUCGUGUAGUUUAUGUAUGUAAAUAGAUCUAACGAGUAUUCACACAUUUUGCACAAGGCUGAGUCUGCGCCGAGUGUUCGCCUAAUAGCUUUUUCUAUCAGACGUCGACAAAGCUCCCCUCCCCCUCUGAGAGAGUGUCUCGUCCAUCGAGCGAGCAAGAGUGUAAAAGAGAAAACGAUUCCUAUUAUUCUUAUUAUCUUUAUUACUGCGCGAUCAAUGUUAUUUUACUAUUAAUUAGUCUAAUUAUAUAAUUGUACGCGAGAGUUAUGCAACGUCUCGUGUGUCUCCCGCGCGAAAUGUGGAAACGUGAUCGUUUAAUCCCGCGCUCUCCUCAACGACGCGACGUCGCGAUCCGCAGCGUCGCUCCGUCCAGAUUUCGCGCGCGAGACCCAGACACGCCGACGGCCGACGUUUUUCUUUCUUCGACUACUCAUAAGGUUUUGAUCAUGUACGAUGAAUAGUCGGACAUUGCGCACGAUUCGAAACACUCGUGGCAGAGAAAGAAAGAGAGAAAAAAAAAGAGAGAGAAAUGCGUUGAAUAUGCGAGCGCGCGGGAGAUGCGUCGCGGAUCUCUCCACGACGAAAAUCCGACUGUGAUUGACGAAUUCACGUAAUCCUGAUGUCACAUCUGCCGAAUUUGACAUUCCUGCGAUAAGAAGGAAGAAGAAGAAGAAGAGGAACAUCUCUCACGUAACAAUCUUUUUCUCGCGUUAGUUGUAUGAUCUUAGCGUAAUCCUCGGCGUCCGAUCAAUGGUCAGCGGUUCUAAUGACAAGUCAUCAACCAAAUAACACUCGUACUCUUAAGUCUAAAUAAAUCACACGCGCGUCGUCGCGCACACAUCAUGUACACGCGCGCUCGCGCCCGUUACACUUGGUACUUUUGCCGAUUAUAUUUGUUCAUUUCCGAAAUUUUUGUAUGAAUUCGCACCCGUGUAAUUUAUUGAAUUGUUGAGUCCCUUGGUGCCUUCAUUAUUUAUACACGUGUAUAUAAUCGACUGACAGAGCCGACACAGUUUUAUGUACAUUCAUCUAUUUAAAUUAUACGUUCGAUCGAACUUCAAAAGAUCUGUUAAUAAGAAUAGAACGAAUAAAUUUCAUUAUUUAUCAA